AUGAUUCGGUCUCGUCCUCGACCUACGCUCUUUGAUUUCAGUAGAUUGUUUAGUGGCAUUGCUAGGACAAGACAAUACGAACUCGUGUUAGGUCUCUGCAAGAAGAUGGAACUGAAUGGGAUUGGACAUAAUAUCUACACUUUGAAUAUUAUGAUCAAUUGUUUUUGUAGGUCUUGUAAAACUUGUUUCGCUUUCUCUGUUGUGGGAAAGAUGAUGAAACUUGGGUUUGAGCUUGACACAAUCACGUUUUCAACUUUGAUAAACGGAUUAUGUCUUGAGGGUAGAGUUUCUGAAGCUUUGGAAUUAUUUGAUCGAAUGGUGGAAAUGAGACACCAACCCAAUCUCAUAAUACUUAACACUCUAAUCAAUGGGCUUUGUCUCAAAGGUAGAGUGUCUGAAGCGGUAGAUUUAAUCGAUCGAAUGGUGGAAAAUGGCUAUCAACCGGAUGCAAGUACCUAUGGUCCGAUUUUAAACAGAACAUGCAAGUCGGGGAACACUGCCUUGGCCCUGGAUUUUCUCAGAAAGAUGGAAAAAGGAAAGAUCAAGCUCGGAGUAGUCCAAUACAGUAUCGUUGUCGAUGGUCUCUGCAAAGAUGGGAGAGUGGACGAUGCACUCAACCUUUUCAAUGAAAUGGAAAUGAAAGGGAUCAAAGCAGAUGUCUGUACCUACAACUCUCUCAUUGGAGGCUUUUGUAACGCCAGUAGAUGGAAUGAUGGUGCACAGUUGGUGUCGGAAAUGAUCACAAGGAAAAUCACCCCGAACGUCAUCACUUUUAAUUUAUUGAUUGAUAGUUUUGUGAAAGAAGGGAAGCUUCUAGAGGCCAAAGAAUUGUACAGUGAGAUGAUUACAAGAGGUAUAUCUCCUACUAUUAUUACAUAUAAUUCUUUGAUAGAUGGCUUUUGCAAGGAGAACCUCCUAGAUGAGGCCAGUAAGAUGAUGGAUCUGAUGGUCAGCAAGGGAUGCGAUCCUGAUAUCGUGACUUAUAAUAUCCUUAUAAAUGGAUAUUGUAAGGCUAAGCGGGUUGACAAUGGUAUGAGAUUUUUCCGUGAGAUUUCUUUGAGAGGACUGGUUGCAGAUAGAUUCACUUAUAACACUCUCAUCCAAGGGUUUUGUCACUCGGGAAAACUGAAGGUUGCCCAAGAACUCUUCCAGGAGAUGAUUUCUCGAGGUGCACAUCCUAAUAUUGUAACCUACAAAAUUUUGUUAGAUGGGUUGUGUGACAAUGGGAAACUAGAACAGGCGUUGGAAAUAUUUGAGUAUUUGCAGAAGAGUAAGAUGGAUCUUGAUAUUGGUAUCUAUAAUAUCAUCAUUCAUGGGAUGUGCAAUGCUAAUAAGGUGGAACAAGCAUGGGAUCUAUUUUGUAGCCUCCCUCUUAAAGGAGUGAAACCCGACCUCAAAACAUACAACGUGAUGAUGUUGGGAUUUUGUCAAAAAGGCUUGCUGUCUAAAGCAGACAUGCUGUUUAGAAAAAUGACCGCGGAUGGGUAUGCGCCAGACUGUGGUACAUACAACACACUCAUCAGGGCACAUCUCCGAGGUUGUGAUGUAAACACUUCAGUUGAACUAAUCGAAGAAAUGAAGAGGUGUGGGUUCUGUGCAGAUGCUUCCACUAUGAAGUUGGUAGUUGAUAGGCUAUCGAGUGGUGAAUUGGACAAAAGCUUUCUAGAUAUGCUUUCUUGA